UUGUUCACACUUUAAAUAGUAGUCCUGGAAUGAUUUUGCUACAGACUCUCUGGAGAGCCCCGGAGCUGAAUUCCAGAAGAACCCCACAUCGAUGAAAGCAAAGCGAAGCCACCAAGCCAUCACCAUGUCCACGUCGCUUCGAGUAAGCCCGUCCAUCCACGGCUACCACUUUGACACAGCCUCUCGCAAGAAAGCUGUGGGCAACAUCUUUGAAAACAUAGAUCAAGAAUCACUACAGAGGCUCUUCAAAAACUCUGGAGACAAGAAAGCAGAGGAGAGAGCCAAGAUCAUUUUUGCUAUAGAUCAAGAUUUGGAGGAGAAAACUCGAGCCCUGAUGGCCCUGAAGAAGAGAACGAAAGAUAAGCUUUUCCAGUUUCUGAAACUGCGGAAAUAUUCCAUCAAAGUUCACUGAGGACAACAGAAUGGAUAAGGACGUUAUCCACAAAUGGACAUUUACAGACCAAGUGAGUUUGUGAGACUCUGACAGAGGCAGCACUUUGUGGCUGUGUUGCAAGCUUCUCUCCAGCCAGGACUCCGAGGCUGGGAAGGGACAUAGCAAACUGGUGGUAAAGACCCCAACCAAUUCCACACCCUGUGUGAUUACAGUGGAGAACAAAAUGCUUUCAGCAAGAAUUUGAAAACUCUCCCUGCAGGAAAGGACAGAGGUUGGUCAAAGAGACUGGACAGAAGCCGUGUGAGCAAGAUAACAGGUGGCCAGGAAAGAUGGACGGACAUCCAGGGCUACUUUGUCAGGCCCUGGGACUUAAAUUCAAACAACUGUUUGCUUUUGUCUUUUUUUUUUUUUUUUUUUUUUUCAAGUUGAACUGGGCAGGGAAAGAGAGGAGGGUGAGAGAAAACAGAGAAAAUACCAAGCAUAAAUUGUUUACUGAAUUAUUUUUAUCAGAAUUUUGAAAUGUUGUCAACUCUCAAUAUUGUCUAUUGGUAUAGAUUUUUAGAGCUCAGUUAUUAAUUAUUUAUUUGCAUUUAUUACAAUGCCUGAAAAAGUGCACCACAAGGGAGUUAAGUACAAAUGGAAGGAACUGCUAUAACUUUCUCAGCUCAGUGAAACCUACGCCACCUUCUGGUUUGUUUGUAAAGGGUUUUUAUACAUUUCAAACAGGUUGCACAGAAGUUUAUUAAAAUAACGGGGUCCUUCAUAAAUCUGAAGUACUGUGAAAAAAUUUUUAUAAUGUUUUUUUAAUUUUCUGACUAAUGCUAAAAUAUAAUCUAGUUAAAUUUCUUACAGUUAUGCAAUAAGCAUUAGGAAGUGAACAUGAUAUUCUAAAUAGUUUAUAUAAAGAUGCUAUGGUUUCUAUAAUUUAUUAUACAUGCAAGUGAUAUGCAACCCUAAUAAAUUAUUAUAAACUUAGCUGCUCUUGGUCUGUGAUGCUUGGUCUCAAAGGAAAAAAAUUAGAUGGUAAACUAUGAUUAUUAUAAACUCUUCUAAAUAUUAGACUUUAA